ACGUAAUGACGUACAGGCUGCGUCGUGACGUCACCGCGCACGCGUUCCCCGCCGCGGAAAGAAAGGCCUCAAGAUUAGUCGGAAGGCGACGAUUUCGACAAGGGACGUUGAUUUCUUCCCGCUUCAAACAACAACAACGACAACGACGACAAACUUCGGAUUCCUUCAAGAAACCAAGAAGCCCUCCUCCUCAGAGAAGCGAUGGACGAAGAAGAAAAGGAGGAGGUCGCCGCGCGGACGACCCACACAUUGGCCACGUGGGAGCUGGUGGCGGCUCGCUCCCGCUGCCACCGCCUGCCGCAGCGAGCCCACGGCCAGAAAGACUUCACCCCAGACGGCUCGGCUGCUCAGAGGGAUCAACUGCAGCGCUGCAUGGAGGAGCACUGGCAACUGCUUGGCGAGGAACGCGUGGAGAGACUCGGGAAUCUGGUGCAGACCGAAUGGAUUGCGGAAGAAGAGAAAGUGGAGUUGAAGUCUAAACCUGGCAAGUUCUGGCAGACGAUGGGCCAUAUGGUGAACGGCAGGCAGCUGCUCUACCCAGAGGAGGCCCUCUACCUGCUAGAGUGUGGCUCUAUAGAGCUGAGGGUGCGAGGGCUUCCGCUGUCCAUACAGGAAGGCCAUGAGCUGGCCCUCGCUACCGAAGGCCUCUCGCUCCACCAGUAUCAGGUGUACGCCCAUCUCAAGAGGCUGGGCUAUGUGGUCACGCGCUUCAGACCCGAGAACGUCCCAGCGAGGAACGAGCAGCAGCCGAGUGAGCCGGUCUCCCGGGGAGAGAAACGGCACAAGCGGAAGUGCAGCGGUGAACACCCAGAGGCGGACAGCAAGAGAGAGCGCUGCUCCGCCGCUGACACCGACGCUGCCGCCGCUCACCGGCACUCGAGCCCGGAGGAGCCCGACGCUGGCUCUUCACCGGCACCGGCAGAGGAGGAGCAACCAGCGGCGCCGCCUUGCCGGGGUUUCGGCUUCUCCCCGGCCUUGCCGGUGUCGGGGUCGCCGAGCGCGGUGGACGGGCGCCACCACCGUCGCGUCCGCUCCUGCCGCUGGGACUUCGCGAUGGCGCGGUUCCCGAACGUGGCGCCCGACGACUGCGCGACGAGCCUGCGGGAGCUGCCCGGCCACCUGGUGCCGCCGGGGACCGCCGGGCGCCGCUCCGACGAGGGCCGCUGGGCAGGACGGAUCAAUCUGCACAGAGAGAGGAACCACGGCUGGCGCUACGAGGAGCACAACCCGCACCGCCGCUGGGACGUGGACCGCGACCCUGAAGCGCGCCGCUGCCGAGACUGGGCCGACUUCAAGCAGCUGCUGGCGCGACGGCACGGGCGGCGAGAGGCGGCCGAGUGGGGGCAGCAGCCGCACGGGCGGCCGUCGCGCCAGGACCACGUGGAGCCCCUGACCAAUCCGGCGGUGGCGGCGCGAAGCCACGCCGAGUUGCUGCAGGAGAUAAGCGUUGUGGCGCCCAUGCACAUCCUGGAGGGCGCGUCGCGGCUGCUGCAGGAGGAGGAGGAGGAGGAAGGGAGCGAGGUGAAGGAUAGACGCGGCACGAGUUUCACCAUCAGCUACGACGUCUUCUCGGCUGACAACACAGACUUCAAGAAGACGAGGCCGGGCGUCCCCCUCGCCCGCAUCUGUGUCUGCUGCUUUGAGGACCCGGUCCCCGAUCUCCGGGCGCUGAAGCUCCUGGCGCGACGCGGCGGCGGCGACACCGGCACCACCAGCGACACCACCAGCGGCGUCGGCAGUGACGACACGGUUCUCGUGUUCGGCGUGGUGGAUGCCGGAGACGUCUCCUUCUUCUCGUUCUACGACUUCAAGCUGCCCACCGACGUCCUCGGCUGACCACGGCUGACCACGGCUGCCCACGGCUGCCCACGGCUGACUACGGCUGACCACGGCGUCACGAUGAAAUGCGAAGGCCACGCAAAUUUUUUGUUGGGCCCGAGCCUGCUGCCCCGGGGCUGUCGGCAGCGUAGCGUUUAGCGGGAGGUUCCAAUUUCUUGACGCGCGCAAUUGACGACGAACUUGUGCAAAAACCGUUUGAAACGAGCGGCGUCAUCGGGUAAUUCGCCGUGUAUGAAGCGGCACUAACUAAAGAUUUGACGACACCUCAGGUGGCACCGAUUUCUGAUCUGGCUCGAGGGCUGAUGGUAAAAAAAUUAACCCGUAAAAACAAAGUUUUUCACUGUAAAUCCUUUAUAUGCGUGGCGGCUAGAUUCCUCUCGUCCUCUGGCUUGAGAUGGCUGCCACCUAUCGGUCAGAUGAUUAUCUGGCACCAUUAAGCAAUUGGUAAUUAAAUAUAAUUUAUUUUUUCCUAAAAAGUGUAACAUUUUGGAAAAAAUUUUCAGGAAAAGAAAUGGUCACGCACAACGAGUCUGUGUGCAAAAUGUCAGCUCGAUUGGAUCACGGGAAGUGGGUUAAAAAACGACCGAAAGAUUUGCACGGUCGUAAGUAAGCAAGCAAGUGAACUUAAUAUAAAGGAUUUAAAAAAAGGUGCGUUAGCGGCCAUUAGGAUUAGUUGUCCCAUAAUGCCUUGCAUGUCACGUGACAUCACGGUAAUUUUACGGUUGCCGGUCCGCUGUUGGAAGAAGUUCUGCACACGGUGCAAGCUACCGGGGGGUUGCUUUAGCGCGGGGUUGGCGAUUGAUCGCGAUUAUUCUUCUUGGUUCUUUCGGUAAAGUCACGUAGAAGGGAAAUAAUAAAAUAAUAAAAAUAAAAUAUUAUAAAGUAAUUCUCACGACGUUUCGGCCACAACGCAAGCAGCCGUCCUCAGGUGAAGAC